GGCAACUGUCAACGUCAAAACAUCUUUUAUAACUUUACAUGGUUUUUAUAUAAGUUUUAAAAUGUCCAAUCCGAAUUCCCUAGGGGCAGUCACACAUUAUUCGGCCGAUUUGGCAAAUCGACCGAGUCCCUUGGAUCUGGUGGCCUACCUGCCCUGGGCUUGCAACCAGAUGCAGUGCCAACACACUGUCACCGUGAUAAAAGUUACCCAAACCGAGUAUGUCAGCGUAAAUCCGACAGGGAAGAAGCCAAAGCCGAAACCUAAACCGGUGGUAGUUUCUUCAACAUCUUCAUCAGACUUGAAAAAGGAUGAGCAGAUACAAUCAACUUUCUCAGAAGAGGAUACAUUGAAGAUAUACGCUAUAUAUGACGCGACCGACCGUUUGGUCGAAUUGAAGUUUGAAAACCACGUGGAAAUACCAAGGAUGAUAUUCCAGAUUAUUGCCUUAAUCAUAAAGUUUCAGAGUGGUCUGAACACAAUAACAAUAAACUAUGGCAUCGAUAUGUACAGCAUUCACGAAAUAAGCAAGAUAUUGACCAUCAGCAACAUAACUGACAUUUGUUUAGAUGACACCUAUUUGAAGGAAGCAAAUUAUUAUAUUCUUUUAGACAAUGAGAAUUCUAUCAGACGUAUUUCGCUAUCUAGAUGCACGAUUAAUGAUAACAUAGCUGAAGCGAUAGCUGUUAGAUUAGUAUAUCCUUUACCAGCAUCAAAAACUUUGUCUAUACUAGAUCUUUCGUCAAAUAAAAUAACUGAUUUAGGUGCGAAAUAUAUAGCUCAUGCUUUAAGAUCAAAUAGAUUUUUGAGCUAUCUUAAUCUAUCAGGGAAUUUAUUGACGGACACCGGAGCGAUAGCUAUAUUAAAUCAUCUUGUGGAAUUUCAAUUGACAAGUGAAGAAUUGAUGUCAUCAAGGCAAAGGUUUCUACAAUUUUACCAUCAGAAGAACGAGUUGACCGCGAAGAUUUUCAGAGAUUUCCGUACCGUCGACAGUACAAAAGACAGAAGAAAGUCGCUUAGAACGCCGGUUAUGCCUAAAAAAAUUAAAACCAUAGAGAGAGAGCCGUCUACAAAAGAAGUUAAAAGCGCCAUAGACAUCACUCAAGAUAGGAGUUUAUACGAGAAGGCUCGUAAUAUGGCUGAAAAUCAAAUGGGCAAAUUUAAAGAUCCAUUUACCAAAGAUAAUUUAGUUGUACACGAUGAUAACGUAUACUGUACUGGUAAUAAUGGGUUGUGUUAUUUAAAUUUGUCGUUCAAUGAUCUAUCGUAUUUUAGCCUAAAAACUGUAGCACAUGUGGUAAUGACCCAAAAGGUUUUAAAUAAAAAGCCUAUUGGUUUAGUAAACGUGUCCAUCGAUGGGAACAACCUGCCUAUAAAUUGUGUAGAACUAAAUGAUAUAAACAAUGUAUUGUUCCCUGUUGCUUUCGAUAAAAAUGCUGUUAAGAAACGUGCCGGCGGCACCGCCAAGUCUACGCCGCCAAAUCCUGGUCGUAAUUAAAACAUUAAACAAACCGGACAAGUGCGAGUAGGGCUCGCGCACGAAGGGUCCCGUUCUAUCUAAAAUGAUCACGUUUGUUGUUUGGUGCACACCUUAAAUAAUUAUUAUUGUAAAAAUAUUUGUUAUAGCGGCAAUAGAAAUAUGAUUGAAAAUUUCAAUUGUCUAACUAUACGAUUCAUGAGAAACAGGCUGGUGACAGACGGACAGACAGACGGACGGUAGCGGAGUCUUAGUAAUUGU